CUAAGCUUUGCUAGAUUUCCUCGUUUAUAUAAACACCACCGCCAAGUGGGAGAACCAAAAAAAGGAAUUGAAAACGAUUUGCGUCAAAUUCACAUUGAGAGAGAGAGAUUGUUCGGGUAUGGCAACAGAAACAGAGGCGGUGGGCUCGUUCUACGUGUUACCCGAAGACUGCAUCGCCAGCGUGCUGUCGUUCACGAGUCCGUCGGACGCCUGCAGGUCGUCAUUGGUUUCCACAAACUUCAGAUCGGCGGCCGAAUCUGACGCCCUCUGGAAAAGCUUUCUUCCACCCCAGUACCAGAGCAUAAUCUCCCGUUCCGCCGAUUCGUCUUCGCUCGCUUUUUCUUCCAAGAAGGAGCUCUAUCUCCGUCUCUGCGAUCAUCCCCUCCUCAUCGACGACGGCAGGAAGAGCUUUUCGUUGGAGAGGAGGAGUGGAAAGAUAUGCUACAUGCUAUCUCCAAAGGACCUCGCCAUUGUCUGGAUGGAAGCUCCUUGUUAUUGGAGACGGACUUGUUUACCCGAAGCUAGGUUCCCGGAGGUGGCGGAGCUUCUCAGUGUUUGUUGGCUGGAAAUCCGUGGAAAGAUUAAUACUCGCAUGCUGUCUCCAGCCACGCUGUAUACAUCUUACCUUGUGUUCAAGGUAACGGCAGGAUCAUUCGGAUUUGAAAACCAACCUGUCGAGGUUGCGGUCGGAGUUGUUGGGAGUGAAGGGCAUAAGCGAAGUGUCUUUUUGGAUGCGGAGAGAGGGCGGAGGCUGCGUUACCAGAUUGUACCGCGGGGAGUUGGGCUUUUUAACCGCAACCGGAUGAUGGGGUUUCAGGCGCCGCAGCCUAGAGAAGAGGAGGAGGAGGAUGGCGAGUGUCCAAAGGAGAGAGGAGAUGGAUGGUUGGAGAUCGAGCUGGGUGAGUUCUUCAAUGGAGGAGACGAUGAUGAUGAUGAUGGGGAAAUGGAAAUGAGUGUUUUGGAGGUGAAGGGAGGCAACUGGAAGGGCGGCCUCAUUGUUCAAGGGAUUGAGAUCAGGCCAAAAGAGUGAGGGUGCUUUAAUUUGUUGUCCAUCUGUUGCAUUUUUUUUAAGGUUGAAAUAGUCAUCAAUUAGCCGUUACUGAGAAUGGCUUUUGCAUUUUAAAUUGCAACAUAUAUAUAUGGACAUCAACGAGGGAUUAAUUGAGUGUUUGUUUUUUUCAA